UUUUAUUUUGACAUCAACAACGUCCUCCGUCAACCGGAAGUGGUCAAACAGACUUUCAUAUGUGCCUUUGCAGCCACAACUAAACAAACAUUCUAAGUUUUUAACCUAAGAUGUGAUUAUACAUUCAAAAGUAGCAAUCCUCAAUAAGUGUACAAUGUCGGACCGCAAACGAAGACGAGAGCACAGCGAGGACAAACGUGAACGAAAGAAACACAAGGAGACAAGACAAGAUGAAGAUAAAUACAAGCACCAAACCAAAAAACUGAUCCAUGAGGUGCAGAAACUCAAGCAUGUGGAGACUUUCUAUGAAAAUGCUCCUCCUGGUUUUAUAAAGGAAGACACCGAGAAACCAGAGGACUGUAUUCCUGAUGACCCCGGCAAUGAGGAUGCCAGGAGCUUCUUGGCUCACGCUCCCACCAAAGGCCUGUGGAUGCCUCUGGGGAAAGAGGUGAAGGUCAUGCAGUGCUGGAGAUGUAAGAAGUACGGCCACAGAACAGGAGACAAAGAAUGUCCUUUCUUCAUUAAAGGCAACCAGAAACUGGAGCAGUUCAGGGUGGCACAUGAAGAUCCAAUGUAUGAUAUCAUCCGAGAAAACAAACGUAAUGAAAAAGAGACAAGGAUCCAGCAGUUAAAACAGCUGCUUCAGGACACAACCUCCGACUCAGACUCCACUUCUUCUUCAUCAUCAUCAUCCUCCUCCUCUGAUCACAGCCGGAAGAAGAAGAAGAAGAAAAAGGAGAAGAGGAAGAAAGAAAAGAAGAAACACAAGAAGAAAAAGAAGAAGCAGAAGGUCAGGGCCGGCAGUGACUCAGACUCCGACUGAAGCAGGAUUCAACACUCUGACUGUCUCAUAAAGUCUGCAGUGUCUGUCGGCCGAUCAGAGGAACAGAACAGGCUUCAUGCGUUCCCCAGGACAACACGCAUCUGCUCAAUAAUGCAUGAGUGCAUUUAAUCCCCUCUGUCGCAUGCAAUGCUUAGGAUAUAUACAUGUCUCUAUCUGAUUCCCCAUAGCCGGUCUUCAUCAGACUGUUAAUAUGUUUGGCCCAUUGGAUUGAAGUCUGUAGUGAACGGAGUUUUUGAAUGUAUGUUGAUUUACAUUUUACUGAAUGUGUCACUGUGAAAAUAACCGACGAGAGCUUAUGAUACAUGCCAUCUGCUGCUGUGAACAGUGACGUAAAUAAAUCAGUGACUGUC